AAAUAUGCUUCUUCUACUUUCACUAGGCUUUGUGAUAAACCUUUCCAUUGGCCUUCACACCAAGGCCAAGCAUCUACAGGAAGUGGUCUGGUGGAGGCAUUUAUGUCAGGCUUUAUUUUACUCAUACAGUAUUCAUCUAUCAUUGUGUCAAGAGAACAAUACUUCUUGAUUUGAAUAUAUUGUUAGACAUGAUCCACUUAAAUCUUAAGAAAAGAGAAACAUUGUGACAAACAUUUAGUCUGUCGUUCAUGUGAAACGGAAAGACAACAAAGUGCCUCUGCAGAUGAACUGUGAUGGUCUUGUGGUUUUGUCCCAUGAUGCUUAGAGGGGUUUGCAUUGAGCACAACCACAGCGCUGCUCACACUGUGAGAGAUACUGACAAUGGAUACUGACGGGUGGAUGUUCCUUUUAGCGCUUCGCUUUAUUUGUGUGACUUCAAAUGACGAGCCGUACAAUAAGAUGUCUUGUGUGAAGGAUCCAGAUGUGUGUGAGACGCACAGACUCAGCACUCAGCUUGGCUCCUCUGUGCUUCUCCCAUGCAACUUUAAACCAAGUAACGUCACCUGGGUGUCAUGGAGCCAAACUCCUGAUCUGCACCUGCUGCAGCUCACGUCUGCAGGUCGCAUCGUGUUCCUGAACCCCAGGUCUGGUCGUGUGAAGGCCUUUCCAAACCAGGGCCAAGAGGGGAACUUCUCCAUCAGCAUCAAUGAGCUAAAUAACUCAGACCUGGGGUGUUAUGUCUGUACACGAGGAGAUGACUGUCUUCAAGUGGAGUUGGUUGCUGAACAUGGUGCUCAAAGCGUAAACAUGAUGCUACUGAUUUACAUCAGUGCUGGUGUGGCUGCUUUCAUCCUGCUGAGCGUCGGUGGCUACUGCUGCAUGAAGUUCUGCUGUAAAAACACAGCUUCGUACAAUCCUGAAGGUGCAGGUACGGAGGGUGUCAGUCCUUCACAAGAGGAAACAGGCAGAGUGCCAGUCGGCCAACAGCAGGGAGGUGCAGACAAUCAUAGUCUUGUUUAUGAAAAUGAGGACCAAGGCCCAUUCAACCAGCAGGAGGAACCCGGAGAUUAUUGCAACACAGUUUCAGGAGCGAUGCCUCAUCCCGACCUGACUCUGCACCCUGACAGUAGCAGUGGGAUGUAUCCAAACCUCAACCAGUUCCAGAGGACGGAGAGUCAGAGGACUAAACUGAGAUUUCAUAGAGAGCUCUUCAACAGAUUACGGCAAGCAAGUGUCAAGCGCCCUUAUUACGUUAACCAAGAUGAAAUGAGGCAACAACAAGCCAGUUCAACUCAGGAGGAGAAGCGUCGCAGAGGUUUGGGGAAGAAGAAAGCCAAAGAAAAUGCUGAAUUCAAAAACCCGAUAUACAACAGGAGCGUAGACCAGCUCAACCACCUAUAGAGAAUUAACCCUUCUCUUGCGUUAGGUUUUGACCGGUGUGUUUUGCACAGUGAUAUCUCUGGAACCCCUUAUCCAAUUUUGUUGGUUGACAUCUCAUUUGAACAGUCAAAGCAAGUAGAAUCAAGGGGUGACAGACAGAAUGACACCAGGCGUGAAUUUCAUAUUAUUUUUGGCAGUAAGUUCAAAGAUAGUGCUUAUUUUACAUUACUGUAUAUAAUAAAAAUGCUUGUCA